AUGACUGCUUGUCGAAUGAAGGCUGCACUUUGGCUGAGGCGCUCACGUGCUUUUGUAACCCUAGGCGACCAGAAGGGCGAGGUGAAGGUGGCAGUAGGAAAUACCACAACAGAGGAGGUAAACUUCGAGAAGAUUGAUCUAAAGGAGGCGCUCUCGAUCCUAAACACUACUUCGCACGGCCUUUCGUCUGCGGAGGUGGAGAGACGGCUUAAGGAAUAUGGACCGAAUAAGCUCCCGGAGAGCACCCGCAACCCGAUUUUGGUGUUCUUGGGUUACAUGUGGAACCCAUUGUCCUGGGCUAUGGAGGCAGCGGCUAUUAUUGCCAUUGCUCUUUUGGACUACGCUGAUUUUGCUCUGAUUGUUGGUCUCCUUAUUCUGAACAGCGUCAUCAGCUAUGUGGAGGAGUCGAGCGCCGACAAAGCCAUCAAGGCUUUAGCUGGAGCACUUGCGCCGAAAUGCAAAGCCAUACGCGACGGGACGGUUCAGACUAUCGAUGCAGUCAGUCUUGUACCUGGCGACGUAAUCAUCAUGAAAUUCGGCGAUAUCGUUGCUGCGGACGUGAAGCUUUUCUCUGAUGAUCCCCAGAAACCCUAUGAGAAGCACUCUGAGGAGGUUCCUAUGCAGAUUGACCAAGCCGCACUUACUGGCGAGUCCCUCCCCGCGAAGAAGUUCACCGGGGAUGUGGCCUUUUCUGGCUCAGCCAUCAAGGCUGGUGAGCGCCACGCUGUGGUGUAUGCUACGGGGAUCAACACGUUCUUCGGCAGGGCGGCGGCUCUAAUCAGCGGCACUAACAAUGUGGCUAACCUCCAGAUUAUUAUGACAAAGAUCGGAGGCGUGUGUCUCGUCACCAUUGGCAUCUGGGUCGUCAUUGAGCUGUGUGUGCAGUUCGGAAAGUACCGCCAUGACUGCGUCAGUGGCGAGGAGGGCUGCCCGACUCUCACCAACAUGCUGGUCAUCCUGGUCGGCGGCAUCCCCAUUGCCAUGCCUACCGUGCUGUCUGUAACGCUUGCCCUGGGUGCGGCGAAGCUGGCGACUGAGGGCGCCAUUGUCGCCCGCAUGUCCGCCGUGGAGGAGAUGGCUGGCAUGGAUAUUCUCUGCUCAGACAAGACCGGUACCUUGACUCUGAACAAGCUGUCCAUCGAAACCGGCAACAUCUUCGUGACUGAGCCCGGUCUUACAAUUGAUGACGUGCUGAAGUACGGCGCCCUGUCGGCCGACAUCACGGGCGAGGAGCCUAUUGAUGUGGUUCUGUACAACAGCUACGCUCAGGCGUCGACGCUGCCAAACCGCUUCAAGAAGCUCAAGUGGAUUCCGUUCAACCCCACGGACAAGUUUACUGCCGCGACUAUGCUGGACCAGGAGACGGGUCGCAUGUUCCGCUUGCUGAAGGGCAGUCCGCAAGUUGUGCUGAACAAGGCGUACAACAAAGACAAGCUGGCGGAGUCUGUCAACGCUAAGAUGGUUGAGUUUGCCAACCGUGGCUUCCGUUCGCUGGGUGUCGCGAUGGCCGAGGGUGACGGUGCUGACGGGCGGACGGAGUGGCACAUGCUGGGCCUGCUGCCGCUGUUUGACCCGCCGCGUCAUGACACGAAGGACACUAUUGAGUACUGCCACCAGCAGGGCAUCGAGGUCAAGAUGGUUACCGGCGACCACCUGCUCAUUGGCAAGGAGACUGCGCGCAUGCUGGGCAUGGGCGACACCAUGUACGCGUCGGAGGUCCUCAUUAAGGCUAAGAACGGUGACAAGGCCGCGCUGGGUGAGUUUGAGAACGUCGCGGAUAUGGUGGAGAAGUGCAAUGGGUUUGCGGAGGUGUUCCCCGAGCACAAGUACGAGAUUGUAGCCAUCCUCCAGGACGCCGAUCACGUGGUGGGGAUGACUGGUGAUGGCGUCAACGACGCGCCAGCCCUGAAGAAGGCCGAUGUGGGUAUUGCCGUCGCCGGUGCCACGGACGCGGCCCGCGGUGCUGCUGACAUUGUGCUGACGGAGGCUGGUCUGUCGGCGAUUAAGACGGCUGUGCUGGGCGCCCGCAAGAUUUUCCAGCGCAUGACAACCUACUCGAAGUACACGGUGGCCAUGACGUUCCGUAUUUGCUUCACUUUCGGCCUGCUGACCGUCAUCUACGACUGGUAUUUCCCGACCAUUCUGAUUGUCAUUAUGGCAGUCUUCAACGAUGGCGCCAUGAUUGCCCUCGCCAAGGAUCGGGUGGAGCCAAGUCGCCAACCCAACGCCUGGAACCUUAAGAACAUCUUCCUCAUGGGCAUCGUGUACGGCCUGUACCUGACGCUGUCCACGUGGGCGCUGUAUCAGACGGCCUGCAAGACAAACUUUUUCGAGAAGCACCUGGACAUGUUCUCUCUGGAUGACCGACACGCGACCCUGAAAACAUGGUGCACGGACUACAUCACCAACAUCAAGAAACUCAGUCCCGCAGACUCUGUGUGCUCCGUUCCGGAGUACAACGUUCAGGAAGCUUUUGGCGGGAGCAAGGCAGCCUGCCAAGCGAGGGAUUACGCAUCACAGACCAUCUUGCAGCAGUGCAUGGUGGAGCAGAAGUACGUGCGCGGCGCCAUGCUCCGGUCGCUCAUUUACAACCAAGUGUCUGUUUCCGGCCAGGCGCUGGUGUUGGUGGUGCGCAACCAGGGCUAUUCUCUGGCCCAGAAGGCCGGUACCUUGACCUACGUGGCCUUUGUCUUCGCGCAAAUCGGCUCCACGCUCAUCUCCAUCUUUGGUUUCGGAGGCUACGUCCCGCCACGGCACCGGCUGGAGAACUGCCAGUUCUGUACGUACUCUGAUCACACUCCGAUUAGGUUCUUCCCUUCGAAGGAGGUGCCUAUCGAGGGAACUGAGUCGCGCUAUACCGCCUCAGUGCUUGGAUGCCUGGGCUACGUCAUUGUCGCCUGGAUUUGGUCGGGCAUUUGGUACGUGCUUCUGGAUCCCAUUAAGUGGAUUCUCUGCUGGAUCCUGAACGAGGACGGCUUCCGUGACCAGUCCAGCGCUCGCUUUGAGCGUCGCCAGGAGCUGCAGCGCAUUAGCCAGGAGAAGACUGUCGACGUGGGCGGCAUGACGACACCCACCAUCAGCAACCCUCUGGGUCGCGCCUCCAUCCAAAAGCCCGUGGCUAUGGUACUCGACCGUGCGUCGGCCGCACUGGUGCCCGUGCACCGGACAUCUGAGGGUCUGGUGCGCGUCUCCAACGAUCCCCACAAGGCUCGAGAUCUCGCGCGCCGUAGCCGGCUGGUCGAAGCUGGUGUGCAGAGGACAAGCGGCGGCCACUCAAAGGAGAUUACGCGUGCUUGAAGAAAAAACAGUUCGGACUUCACACGGG